ACAGCGCCUUGGCCUGCUGCAGAAAUGGAAAAUAGAAAACUGGCUCACUCUGACCUUCUGACCACCUGAAAGCCGAUACAAAACCUCCUCCCACGUUCAUACACGCACUUGGUCAUUGAGUGUGUUGCUGUCACACAAGACUCCAGGGCGCUGUAAACAAGGAGACGCAGACGGCCAGCACGCGCCUGGAUCACAUGCAGACAAUCAGCACUUGGCUGGUUUUACUUAGGUAGUGGUGGUGGCAGGGAGGUGGUAGUCGCUCUGACCAGCAGCACACGACAAGCUGUCAACAUGGAGCCUCUGGAGGAAUACCACUCUCCGUUUGACUUUGAACAAGGAGUCAACACCAGCUACCUCUACCUCUCCCCGGCCUACAGUGACACGCCACCCAGCUCGCCAGCUGUCAAAACCAGAGGUUUCCAGCAGCAUCCGGACUCAGUCCCGGAGGUGGGAGAAGAUGCAGUGACGUCCGUCGGUCCCUCCCCCCCUCCACCUGCCAUGACAGAGGAAGAGCGGCAGGAGCUGCAGGAAGAGUUGGUCAAGGUAGAGGAUGAGAUCCGAACUCUGACCCAGGUGCUGGCGGCCAAGGAGAAGGAGUUGGCAGACAUUAAGAGGAAGCUGGGCAUCACACCUCUCAAUGAGUUGAAGCAGAACAUCACCAAAACCUGGCAGGAGGUCACCACCUCCACCGCCUAUAAGAGGACAUCUGAAACGCUCUCUCAGGCGAGUCUGAAGGCCACGGCAGCUUUUUCCAAUGUGGGCUCCGCCAUCAGCCGGAAGCUCGAGGAUGUUAGCAUGCGCUCAUUACAACACUCAGCUAGUAUGCCUGCUAUGAGGAACGCACCAACUUUCAAGUCAUUUGAGGAGAAAGUGGAGACUUUGAAGACCAAGAUGACUCCAGCAGCGUCCACCAGUGACCCCGGUGACCAGGAACCCAGCAGCCAAACCACUGAGUCUUUGCUCAGUCAGCCAGAAGACUUGCCCACCCAGGAGACACUGAUGCACUGAGACCUACCUACCGCA